GGUGUCCUUGUGAUACCCGGAUGUGAAGAGGCGUCCUAGUCGCUUCCUUCUUCUGUGUGUCUUUGCAAGCAAUUCAGCGCCGGCCGGCUGACAAGAAGAGCCUGCGCGAGUGACGCGGCGGUUAGCUAAGCGACCUUGUGCCUCCGCGCCGUCGUCGUCCCCUGCAGCGCUCUGCCCCCCAGCUCUGUGGGUCCGCAGCGGUCAAAAGGCGGCUCCGGCUGUGAGCGGGUAACUCGGAAGGCCCGCCCCCUCCUGAGAGGAGAAAUGUAAUGCUCUCUUUGGAUCAAAUUUUAAGGAAUGUGUUUUACACAGAUCAGUACAUUUCUUCCACUGAGACAAUUCACUUAUAAAACAGUACCUAAAUGGCAGCACAGAAAAGAAAGUCUGUGCUAGUAGAACCCCCUGCUAAGCGUCAGAAACUGGAUAAGAAUAGUAAAUUGGUGUCAACUAGCAAAGAAAGGAAGUCACUUGGUGCCAAACGUGUAUCAAAUAAAAAUAAAGUGUUGAAGAAAGAAACUCACAAAACUUCUACCAAAACUAACAGAUCAACUGUAAAUAAAUCCAGAAAUAGAAGUUCUAUACCAUCCUCCCAUUCUAAACUAUCACAGACACACUCCAAGCAGACUUUGAAUGAAUUAAAGAAAAAACCCUGUAAAAUAGUAUGUGUGAAAAGAACGUCCCUAAAGUCUUUAGGUAGAUCAUCUUCUUCAAAAACAUCUACAAAAUCUUCCAAAAGGAACUGUAGUAAUUUGUGUAGUUCCACAAAGACAUCCUCCAAAGUUGGUCCUAGAGGGAAGGGAAAAUCCAAUGUUGUCAAAAAUAAAACUUCCCAUGAAAGCAAGAAGCAAAAGAAGUCAUCUGCAGGCAUUAAAAAGACUUCUACUGAAACUGUAUAUAAUAGAUGCUCAGCAUUGCACUUUAGAACUACUCAUAAGAAUCAGUGUCCUGAAACAAAAGUGAUGAAGAAAAAUUCCAAGAAGUCUAGAACUACUAGUAAAUUUCUUAAAAAUAGCAAUGUUAAUUUAAAGGUUCAGAGUUCUAAAAAUCGCUGUGCAAAAAACAUGGCUUAUCAAAACACUGAGCAAAAGCUGAUUGAAACUUUCAGUGACAAAAAACCUUGUGAGUCUGACCAGGGAAAAAUAGCUACAAGAACAACAGGUAUUAAGUCUAAAAAAAGUCCUGUCAGAAUUACACAAGAGCAGUUAAAUGUCACAAAAUCUAAGGAAAUGUUGCAGAAGGAGAUGGUACAGAACUAUCCCAAGUUACGACAUACUGUUUCACAUGAUGAACACCUAGCUAGAAGAUCACCAAGAUUGCAACAAUUAUCUAACGUGCCUACAAUAUCCUUGCGCAGCAGAAAAAUUAAAGGACAUGCUUCCACUGCAAAACAGUGCUUCCAGAAGAAAAGACUAGUGCCCCACAUUAAAAAUGAAAAGCUAAAACCUGUACAGCAGAAAAUUGAGCAAAAGCCCAUAAAAAUUGACAACAAAUCUAAAGAUCAAGAGAAAGGCAUAACCAGUGUUGAGAAAAUGAAUUCAUUGAAAGAGGAAAGACGGGACAUUUAUCCUAAGGUCAGUGAUUUGACCACUUCUCAAGAUACAUUCAGAGAUUCAAACAAUACUCUUGACUUCAGUCUUCAAGAAUGUAAAGAAGAACCUGGCAACACAAUUUCCUGCCCUGUGAUAUCAACUAACAGUCUAAUAAGCAAGGAAAAGGACUCGGUGCACAAAAAUGGGGAAAUCAGUGUAAAAGCAAAGAGAGUUUUACCAGUAUCUUUGAAUCAAAAACCUGCUUGUCAACCAGACUAUGUGAUGAAGUCCAAAAAGAUUAGCAUUCUUGAACUGUGUGAGGAAAUUGCAGGUGAGAUUGAGUCGGACACAGUGGAGGUAAAAAAGGAGGCUCCUAUUUCGGAAUAUGGAAAAGAGGGAGAAAAAGGUGCUGUUGCAGAGUUGCCACAGACUGCAGUGCCUGCUGAAGAGGAAACUAAUCAGAACUCUCAAUGCAAACGAUUUUUCCCCAGCAAAAAAGGUAUGCCUAUCAAGUGCACUGUGAAUGGCAGGCAUAGCUCUGCAAACAAGAACUCUAAGUGGACCAAAAUAAAAUUAGCAAAGGCUAAUCAUGUGACCCAAAGUCUAUCAAAUGCCACAGGUACCCCCCAACUUGAUUUGUCAAAGUGUACUAUUCCAAAGGAAAGACAAGCAACAGCUGUAGAAAUGCACCUUCCAAAAUCCCAAAGAAAACUGAUUCAGUCACAUGAUGAUGGUAGUACAGCACAUGAGCAGAAGUUGAAAACAGCUUGCUUUGAAGGAAUCCAAGCUAAAAGUAGGAGUCCACAUGCUGAACAGCUACAGGCUGCAGAAAAUGGUUUGCCUGAUGAGGAAAAGCAGUUUCCUGAGCCAACGCCAGAUGAGAGCUUCAACUUGCAAUUGGACUCAAGUCCAGAAAGCACACCAACAAAAAUCACUACAGCACCACCAGCAGUGAAGCAAGCAACAAAAGAUACAAUAGAAAUCAAAUCCCAAGGUCCAGCCCCCAAACAGUUGGUUCGGACUCUGUUCACAGAUAAAACCUCUGAGACAAGUGAAAGCAGGUCAUGUUUGUCAAAGAUUUCAUUAGCAUCAAAAAGUGGUGGAUUCCUUUCAUCUGAAGAACCUAUUCAAAAACUAAGAGAAGUAGCAAAAGACAGUGAGAAGCAGCUAAUCAUAGAUGCAGGGCAGAAAAGGUUUGGAGCCAUUUCCUGCAGCAUUUGUGGGAUGCUUUACACUGCUGCAAAUCCUGAGGAUGAAACGCAACAUCUUCUCUUCCACAAUCAGUUUAUAAGUGCUGUAAAAUAUGUGGGCUGGAAAAAGGAGAGAAUUUUGGCCGAGUAUCCUGAUGGCAAGAUGAUAAUGGUACUUCCUGAUGAUCCAAAGUAUGCAUUGAGAAAGGUUGAUGAGAUCAGAGAGAUGGUAGAUAACGACCUGGGAUUUCAACAAGCUCCUGUUACAUGCUCCAGAACCAAGACAUUUUUAUUUAUUUCUAAUGAUAAAAAAGUGACUGGCUGCUUAAUUGCUGAACAUAUCCAGUGGGGGUAUCGAGUAAUAGAAGAAAAAAUUCCAGAAGUUAGUUCAGAAAAUGAGAAAGUCAUAUUUGAAAGGCAGAAGGCUUGGUGCUGCUCAACGUCUCCUGAACCUGCUAUCUGUGGCAUUAGUCGCAUCUGGGUGUUUAGCAUGAUGCGGCGGAAGAAAAUUGCUUCUCGAAUGUUAGAAUGUCUGAGGAGUAACUUUAUAUAUGGCUCAUAUUUGAGUAAAGAAGAAAUCGCUUUUUCUGAUCCGACUCCUGAUGGAAAACUCUUUGCAACAUAUUACUUUGGUACUAGUCAAUUCCUGGUAUAUAACUUUCUCAAUGGACAACAGCCUGCUUAAUGAGGAAACUUUUAUAGAAAAAGGUAAUGAGAAAUUGUUGGUGUCUUGCCUGGUUGCAGAUGUUGACCAAGAGAAUGGAACUCCUACUAGCAGUGAACUCAGGACUAGUGACAACCAAAAGGUUGUGUUUGUAUUUUGUUACCUGUAAACUUACAAAGGUAGUAUAAUUUUUUAAAAGAUAUUUUUAUAAAAAUGUAUUAUCUAUAGUUGCUUAGUCAUGUUUACAUGCAGCAUAUAAUUGUUCAUAGUGGACUGUCAACUAGUUUCAAGAACUAUGGUCGCCUUUUAAGUACAUUUUGAAGUUCACAAUUAGUAAUAUACCAGGGCGGUGAAAGUUACUCUAACCAACAGCUAAUAAAUAUUGUGUGGCUUUGAAAGCCUCACAUGUUCAAGAAGAACUUCUAUAUUGUUAAUAAAAUAUGGUCUUCAACAGCAAGGCACUACUUAUGUUUCAGAACUUAUUCUUAAUAAUAAGAAUAAACUGCUUCAAAAGGAGAAUGCUGGUUUGGCCUUUUUAAAAUUGCAAAGAGAAUUUCCCUGAUUACUUCAGCAAUAGCAUACAGGAUAUAUAUACUUUCAUUUGUGGACUUCACUUUGAUACUUUAACCUAACCCCCUCCAGUUUGAGAGGGUGCAUAUGUUGAAAAACUAAUGUGGCCUUUCUUGACCUGUACAUAAUGUAGAUUUUAAAGAAGUAUUUGAUAAUUUUAAAUGUACUAAUGCUAAAUGCAUUUAAGCAUUUCCUUUGAUAUUGUUGAAUAUUAAAAGUUGACUGAACUACUA